AUGUCAGACAGAGCACAUGCACAUGCAGACAGAGGCUGUGUGACUGCUGCAGCACGGUUUUGUGUGUGUGUAUGUGUGUGUGUGUGUGCGCACCGACAGGAACAGAAAAUUAGGAUCUGGGCGGAGCGCUCCCUCCCUCUGAGCCACAACCACGUCAGGUCUCCGGUGCUGCUGCUGUGGGGGGAGCGGGACGCCUUCCUGGAGCAGGAAAUGGCCGAGGCCUGCCGCCUCUACAUCCGGAAUCAUUUCCGCCUCAACAUCAUCUCUGGAGCCAGUCACUGGCUGCAGCAGGACCAGCCCGACAUUGUCAACACCCUCAUAUGGACCUUCCUCAAGGAGGGAGAGGGACGCAAAAGCUACAGGAACUAAAGCCCACAGCGGGGCCCCCUCCGCCCCCCCCCCCGUCCCCUCUCGCUUGCCACACCUGGAAGCCUGGAAUAUGCCUGUGAUACCAAGCAACAUAGUGAUAAUGCAAUCAUUCUUUAAACCUUUCACAUUUCAGUUACUUGUUAAAGCGGUAAAGAAAAAGAGUCAAAGCACACUUCACUGGAGAGGACACUGAGCAGUACACAUAUUCAAGAUGUUUUUUGCACAUGACAUCCGCCUUAAAGUUUGUCAGUUACAGCGUUACAAAAUGUGUGGCAAAAAACAAAAAAAUCUCCCGGUGACUUGUAUUGUGUGGUGCCUUUUUAACUCUGGAGUUGUCGCGGUGUGCAGCUGUCCUGAGAGACCGGGAUGUGGCGUCGUCUGCUUGUAUGUUUCACCGGGGGUCGCUCCACUCUUCUUUGGGCACGGUCCUUUUGGGAACUCUCCCGCUCCCUUUAUCAGGUAGUGUUGUCUGAAGGAGUUUUUCUUUUUUGUGUAUUUUUUCCUCAGAGAUACUUGCUCAAACAUUAGAGAAUGUGGUUAUUUGGAUCUUCCUGUAUAGUGAUGGUUGACUAUUGUACGAUUUUGUAUCUAUUCCUACACACUGCAUUUUGAGAUUCACUGAGCCAAGUCUACACCGUUUGAUUUUAUA